AUGGACGGCCAGAAGUUUGCUAGUGCAGCACAACUUCGGGGGAAAAGUCCAAACAUAAAGAGGAGGAAUUGAACCAUUGCGGUGGGACUUUCUUUUAAAUUACACUUUACCUCUAACACAACGCGCAUUUUACAGCCAAUUCCUCUUGCUGUGUUACUUCCUCGUCCAUUCUGUGAUUUAGCAAAACAAGCUAAUUUACGGAAUAAUCACAGAGGUCGCGCCAUUCCGACAGCACCUGAAGGCAACAUCAGGAAAUCAGGAGCUGUGUACGUGUAAAGCUGAUAAAGGUAACACGGCGAGGUCCGGAUAAAGAUGUGAAAGUUCAGCAACACUGAGAGGAGAGACAUGUCUGCGUCACGAAAGGAACUACAGGAGGCCUUGUGCUGCUACACGGCAGAUACCCUCACCUACACUGACACCGUGAGGGGCUUCUGCGAGAGGAUCUCUAAAUGGAUCCUCAGGAGGGAGUCAGAGUUGCACAUGAUGAUGGACAUCAAGGACAGGGCUGACAGCAUCGACCUUAACAUCAGCCAUUUUACCCAGUCAGAGAACAAAGGUAAAGCCUUCCUGGAAUACAUGAAGAGCAAGGUGACCCAGGUGACCGCAGACAGCAGGCGCGCAGAGCUGGAGAAGGAGCUGGCUGCUGUGCUGAAGGACACCCAGGAGGGCCUGGAGACGCUCCACCGCUUCCUGGACGCCGUGGAGAAGCUGGCGGUCACCUCACUCCACGUGUUCACGGAGGGCAACCGGGUGUUACAUCUGCCAGAGGGGAUCAGCCUCGAGCACGUUCAGGUGGUCAUCGCGGCAGCGCGGCUCAGCUGCCCCCUCCUCCUCGAGUUCAAAAGGGAUGCGAGCGUCUUCUUCCUUCCCCGGCUGCAGAAUGUGGAGGUGCUGUCGUAUCAGCUGGACAGAUACAUCCAGACCACCCAGAUUCUCUGCAGCAAGAUGGAGAAAAGCUCUUUCAGUGACUUUUGCCCAAAGAUGACUGUGAACACUGAGGUGGACCUUGAUGUGGAUUUGUCUGAAGAUGACGUGCAGAGGAUGCUUUACCACAUCAAUCAGCUUGAUGAUAUCAGGAUGAACCAGCACUUCCGCAUGGUGUUCUUGUUCCAGGAGGACUCGUGUCACAGCUUCAUCGGCCAGUUCAGCGGCCGUCAGCCCAGGAUGCUGCAGUUUCUGCAGGACAUGGAGGAGAUCGCUGUUCAGCUGGACAGGAUGAAUAAGGGGGCGAGGAUCUCCAGCGUUGCGGGCAGCUCGGUGGGGGCGGUAGGAGGUGUGCUCUCCAUCGUCGGCUUGGCGUUGAUCCCGUUCACGGCCGGAGUGUCUCUAGGUCUGACGCUGACCGGGGUGGGCCUGGGAAUAACCAGCGGAGUCAACAGUGCCGUCACCACCGCCACAGAGAUCGGAGUAAACCGCACGCAGCAGAAGAAGGCCAGUGAGGUCUUCCAGAGCUUCAUGGAGGAUGUGCAGAGCCUCCAGGAUUGUCUGGAAGAGGUCUCUCAAAGGGAAGCGAGCCAGAUAGAAGUGGCUCUAGGAGUAGGGAAGUUGCUCUGCAAAGCUGGUGCUAUUGGAAAAGGGAUCGAUUCACUUGUCGACGCUGCUUCUGCCGUUAAGAUGCUAAAAAGUGAGGAGCUGAUUGCCAGUGCUGGCAGAGUGGCAGUGCAGGAAGGUAAAGCCAUGCGCAACGUGCCGAGGGUGGCGGCAGACAUCCCAGAUAUCGGCCAGGCGGCCGUCAAAGGGCCUCUCGCCCUCACCAAGUCAGCCAGGGCCGGUCUCAUCGCGGUCAACGCUCUUUUCGUCGGCAUGGACAUCUUCUUCAUCUGUAAAGACAGCAUCAGUCUGGCCAAGGGCAGCGAGACCGAACUCUCACAGUUCAUCAGAGCCAGAGCUGCACUGUGGCGCUCGGAGAUGGACUCGUGGCAGAAGAUUCACGACUCCCUGUGCGAAGGGCUGCUGACGUCGGAGAAAAACCAAGCCAUCAUGGAGACUCCGUAUUAUCCGGAGGUGGAGACCCCGUGUUACCCAGAGGUGGAGGUGAAGAAGAAGAACAAGGAGAAGAAACAAAGUCGGACGGGACCAGAAGUUCCAUCUGACGAAGCGGAUGAAGAAGCCGAAGAAAAGAAGUCCUGUGUGAUUCAGUAGAGCUCAGUGAGCAGAGGUCACAGUGUGCCUCUUUUUGCCAACUAUGACACUACGAGAAGAAGCUGUAUGAGAUCGAAUGAGUGCAAAUUCAACUCUGCUUGGCACCCACUCUUCUGCAUCGCACAUCAUUGAAAUGCACCUUUGAGGAAUUCUCGAUUAACUGUAAUUCUCAUGACAUGAACCAGAUAAUGGAGUGACUUUAUUUUACUCCUGACCAUUUGGCCUGUGUGCUUUUUCCUCGACCAGUUUGAUGAACAUUUUGUCGAGCCUGCGUCCAAUCAUAAUGUAUGAAAGGUGUGAUUUAGAAAGCCUCCAUACUUUGUAAUGAAUAUAAUGAAAAAUGACUGUAAAUAUGAUAUAAGUAUUGCUACUACUCUCGUGUGAAAGUAAAGAUUCAACCUGCACUUUUUUUCUGACAAAACUAAAUGAAAAGGUAAAUAUUUUUUUGUGAAUUGCAACGUUCUGCAUUUGUUUUUUGUUUUUGUUUUUUUUCAGAUAUUUUCAUACGUAACAGACUCAUGUGAUCUAUUAAGGUUUCCCUUCACCUGCCUGGACAGUAGGGAAGUACCCACAUCUGAGUAUGUAUUUUGAGAAGGUAAUAGUAAUGCAAUGGAAGCAAAGUAACUUGUUAAUCCUGGGGGAGAAAAAGUCAACUCUUUUUCUACAAUUAAAUAUGAAAUAUCUUUGCUGAUAUAAAUGAAAUGCCCUUAACUUGCUAUCUCUCCCUCCUUGCGGUUGGACGUGAAUAUUGUGAAAAUGCUUGUCUUGUUGUUAUAAUAGCAGAAUUCAUCUGCCUUAAUUAUCAGCUCUAUAAUGCACCACCCAGCAGGCACACACAGCGCCACAAAUCAAACACACCCAAGACAUUUGUGACCGACAGGUGGCAGUCGCCCGAAUACAAUGAUGGCUGUGUACGUUCUCACAAACCACGGGCAUUUUCAAUUUGCAUGUUUUUGACACAAUCAAGGUUUCUACGUGAUGUUCGGGUCACAUGAGUCGUGUUUCGACUACGUGUCAGGCAAAUGUAGCGCGAUUACAGUAAUGUUUCUGUUUCUGUGGAUCUGAACAAUAGUAGAGGAGCAGAAUGACCAUCUCACAUCUGCUUCUUUAGUGUUUGUGCUGUCUGCUCAUGACGAGGUUCACAUGUUAGAAGAGAUGCGUCUGUAUGCUUGUAAUACAUGUUGUGACAGUCAGGUGGAGGUGUUGUUUCAGCUUUGACUCUGCUGCUUUUUUCAAGACUCGCUCAAUAAAACACUAUAACUGUGCUCUUGA